GAAAAUAAUAUGCAUUAAUUCCGUGUGUAGGUAUGAUAAAAUUCAUUUUGCCCCUCAAGUCACCGGCUCACCACCAAUGUGCCACCAAUAGACAUUACUCUCUACCAAUUAUUAAUUAAUUACCCUCGUCCACACGAAAUCAUGGAUGAUUCUUCCUCAGAUGACGAUUUUGUCAACUCUCGUCGUUCCUCCUGUUUAACACAGAAGCCGGCCACUCCUUCCUCUUCUUCUAAAAGGAAGGCUGCCACACCCACCAGCAGCAAGAAAUCGAAGCCCAAGAAGAAGAAAGAUGACGAUGAAGAGGAGAAAGUACCAGAAUUAAGGUUUGUUAAGUUGGAUUCUGACGAUGAUGACGACGAGGAAGAGCUGACGUCAAAAAUGGAGUGGAUGAUGGUUGAGAGCAAAGUAGACGGGACGAGAUAUGCAAUGGGUCCUCCCACCAACCCCAACCACAGAUAUGUAAAUAGAAAAAUUCAGACGAGGGAAGAAAAGCCUGUUCCUGUAUGGUGUAAAAUCACCCAGUCUUUGUCUACAAAGAGGAAAAUGGCAGAUAAGUCGGAAGAUGAGAACGAAAGUAAACUCAGAGAGUUUUACUGCGAAUUGGCACGGGAAGGGAACGAUGAAGAUAUGCCGUCACAGGAGUCCACCACGUCCGAACUCACCCCACUCACCCCGGAAGUUGUCACUGGGAAAUAUCCCCCACUCACUGCUAACGAGAGAACAAUUGCAGAAACAAAGAUAAGGGCUGCUGGGCAAGAAGGAUUGCUGGUUCCGGGACUAACUAGCAGGGUUGCUUAUAGCCUACCCAAUCUUAACCGAGAUUACGGGUUAUUUGUAACGUUGCCCCUCAAUACUAGGUCCAGAGCAAGAUUUAUUUGUGCAGCAGAACCAAAUUGCGUGAGGACAAAAGCGACUCUGAUGGAAGAGGUUACAAAAUGCGACAUUCACAAGGGUGAAAGAAUUGGAUUCGUGUUGUCUCAAUUUACUGAUGGAGCCAAUAUGAAAAAUAAUGUUAUCCUCCACACCAUUGCGUCCUUCACAUAUAUUUCUGGAGACCAAGAAGGAAAGGCCAGAAAUGCAGGCACUGCUACUACUUCCACGAUAAAUAACAACGUCUAUGGUUCAUGGAAAGUAUAUACAAAAGAACGAGAGGCUGCCAAAAAACCCACCCCAGAAUUAAUUGAGAUUGAGACGCGUCGCCGUUAUUUUGAUGACGAAUAUGAAAUGAUGAAAGUCUAUUCUGCUCGACAGACAACAACUCUAUUUCAAAUGCUACUAUGGCCUGAAACAACAAUCAAAAUAAUCUCACUCAACACAAUGGUUAAUUUCCCAAAUGGUGCUUAUCGUGAGUUGGUAGAGGAGAUGGAUCUCUGUAGCGUCGAGCUCAGAAUCCAGGACAAGAUAUCGCCAGCAGCAGCAGAGUUGAAAUCCGGACUGGAGAUUCCUUUCCUUCUCAAACCAGAACAAGGAGAAAGUUUGUGGUCCCUGUUGGCGAGAGGAAGCAAGAAGAACGAGGAGGAGGAAAAUGUAGAGAAAAUGGCUGCCCUGUAUUUUGUAUCUUCCCCCUUCGUCAUCUACGCUGGUCAAACCAUUUCAGCGAUUGUUCAUACCAUUUCUAGCGGUAGAGACCCUGUAAUGGACUACAAAGGUAACAAAGGAAACCACCCGGACUACAAGAUUAUUCCCAUUGGAUUAGUUCUAGAGAAGGAGCGGUAUAAAUGGGAGUUUCAUUUACAUAUGUGUGCCCUAAUCGCAUCUCUCUUAAAACUCAAAAACUGUAUCAACCCAGCCGACUACUCUUCUUCCGAUCCUCACCCCCUCUGCAUCAACCGACAGACAAAUUCCAGUUUUAUAGAUAAGCAAUCGUGGGGCAUAAUUCAUGGUUAUAUGAUGAAGAAGUUCUUAGUGAAUGUUUAUUUGGGGCCGAAGGUGUUAGAUCAGUAGUAAUGAUGAUAAUUUCAAGUAUGUUAAGAUUGAAUACAAAAUAAUAAAUGACUUAAGGGCGUGUAAUAAUUACAUAAUAAUAACAUAAUUACCAAAAAA